UUGUCGCUCACCUGCAAACUAAGCGACUUUAUUCUGGUUGGUCAUUCAGCAGGCGCGCGCUACGCCUUCGUCUUCGCCGCCGAGCAUCCCGAUCUCUUGCGGGCGCUGGUGGUGGUUGACAUCGACCCCGACGCCGUGAACCCCGAUUCGCAGGGCAUGUUCGUGCGCUACAACACCGAGUCCGACGAGUGGGAUUCACUGGACGCCGUGGUAGAGAGGCUGCGCGACCGCCAGCCCCAAUCCACCGACGAGAUGCUGCUGCAUCAGGCGAAGGUGAUGACGCGCGAACUUGCGGACGGCAGGCGAGUGUGGAAGCGCGACCGCCGUCUGCUCGCUGCGUAUGAGCGCCCCGACCUGUGGGGAAGAGUGGGGGCGCAUAACCGUGCCCACGCUGAUAGUGCGCGGGCGUCAGAGCAACCUGCUGACGCACGAGGUCGCCGUGCGAAUGCGCGAGGCAAUUGCUGGCACACGCCAGUUGUGCGCCUUGCCGAACUGGAAGGCGGCGGUCACUGGUUCUACCAGGAGUUCCCCGGCGCGUUCGAAGCGACAGUGCGCUGGUUUAUGAGGGCCGUCAGUCAGGUUGACAUACAAGCGGCUACUGUUUGGGAAUCUUAUAAGCGCCUCCAUUGUUGCCGCUUCUUCGUCUUCACCUUCCUCACCUAUGAAUUCCAGUUCUUCUAUCUCUACGCUGCCUAUGGUCAAGAGAACAUAAAGCGCACGUUCAAGGUAAUCUAUUAG